UAGCUAGAGGAGAGCAGGGCGGCUCUGGAAAGCAGGCAGGGCUUCCAGCUGAGAACUGCUCUGCCUGGCCAUGCACUGGGUGCUCUGGCCAAGGUGGCUGGCAGGCAAGGGGCUGCCCCUCCUGGGGGCAGUGCUGCUGCAGAAGAGAGAGAAGAGGGGACCUCAGUGGAGGCAAUGGCGGUGGGAAACCCACCCAUACUUUGACCUCCAGGUGAAGGUGCUGAGGGCCAGAAAUAUCCAGGGCACAGAUCUGCUGUCCAAAGCCGAUUGCUAUGUGCAACUGUGCCUGCCCACUGCGUCCUCCAGUCCCACCCGGACAAGGAUGAUAGCCAACUGCAGUGACCCCGAAUGGAACGAGACCUUCCACUACCAGAUUCAUGGUGCUAUGAAAAAUGUUCUGGAGCUCACCCUCUAUGAUAAGGACAUCCUGGAUAGUGACCAGCUCUCCCUGUUACUGUUUGACCUGAGGACCCUCAAGCCUGGCCAACCCCACAGACAUACCUUCCAACUCAAGCACCAGGAUUCACAAGAGCUGCAGGUGGAAUUCAUUCUGGAGAAUAGCCAGGUGCCUGCAUCUGAGGUCAUCACCAAUGGGGUCCUGGUGGCUGCCCCCUGUCUGAGAAUCCAGGGCACCCUCGGGGAAGGUGGCGCAGCUCCACAUCGAGAGUAUGGCUCUAGGCAGAUUUGGCUGACGGUGCCUGGGGCCUACGAGAAACCACAGCUCUUACCCCUGCAACGCCCCAAAGAGGGAGGCCUCCCAGCCACCUUCACCUUUCACAUGAACCCAGUGAUCAGCUCCAGGCUGGAUGUGGAGCUGGAGGAGGAGCUUACAGUCCUGCAGAGCGGCCCAAGUGCUGAACUAGAGACCCAGACCAGCAAGCUGGGCCAGGGGGGUAUCCUGCUAUCUUCUUUGACCUUAGGCCAGGAGGAACAGUGCUCUGUGGUCCUGGGGGAGGACCAGGAGGUGGUUCUGAAUAUGAAGGCAGAAAUAAGCUCUGGAGACCUUGACCUGCGCCUUGGCUUUGGCCUGUGUGACGGCGAAUGGGAGUUUCUGGGCAAGAGGAAGAAGAUCGUGUCCAAGGCUUUGCAGCAAGCACUGGGUUUGAGCCAGGCUCCAGACAGCAGCCAGGUGCCUGUGGUAGCUGUGCUGGGUUCGGGAGGUGGAACCCGAGCCAUGUCUUCCCUGUAUGGCAGCCUGGCAGGGCUGCAGGAACUUGGCCUCCUGGACACUGUGACCUACCUGAGUGGGGUCUCUGGUUCUACCUGGUGCAUCUCCACACUCUACAAAGACCCAGCCUGGUCCCAGGUGUCCUUGCAGGGCCCCAUUGAGCGUGCCCAGGCUCGAGUCUGCAGCAGUAAGAUGGGGGCGAUGUCCACAGAGCGCCUACAAUACUAUGUCCAGGAACUGGGGAGUCUGGAAAGCAGUGGCCGCAGUGUUUCCCUCAUAGACCUCUGGGGUCUCCUCAUUGAAUAUUUCCUAUACCAGGAGGAAAACCCUGCCAGACUGUCUGACCAGCAAGAGGCCAUCAGCCAGGGCCAGAACCCUUACCCUAUCUAUGCCAGCAUUAAUGUUCGCAACAACAUCAACGGGGAAGACUUUGCAGAGUGGUGUGAGUUCACCCCCCAUGAGGUCGGCUUGCCCAAGUAUGGUGCUUAUGUUCCCACUGAGCUCUUUGGCUCUGAGUUCUUCAUGGGGCAUCUGCUGCAGCCCCGGCCUGAGCCCCGGAUCUGCUACCUGCAAGGUAUGUGGGGCAGUGCCUUUGCAGCCAGCGUGGAUGAGAUCUUCCUGAAGACUGCUGGCUCAGGCCUCAGCUUCCUAGAUGGGCACAGAUGGAAAGUAAACAUCACAGAUGACUGCCAGAAGCUCCAGCUACAUGACCCCACACAGCUGCGAACCAGGCUCUUCACCCCCCAGGGCCCCUUCUCCCAGGCUGUGCUGGACAUAUUCACCUCCCGCUUUACCUCUGCAGAGAACUUUAAUUUCACCAGGGGCCUCUGCCUACACAAAGACUAUGUAGCUGGCCAGGAGUUCGUGGCCUGGAAAGCUACGCACCCUGACGCCUUCCCCAACCAGCUCACUCCCAUGAGGGAUCGCCUGUGCCUGGUGGAUGGGGGCUUUGCCAUCAACUCUCCAUUCCCCCUGAACCUGCUGCCCCAGAGAGCAGUGGACCUCAUUCUGUCCUUUGACUACUCCCUGGAGGCCCCUUUUGAGGUCUUACAGAUGACAGAGAAGUACUGCCUGGACCGAGGCAUCCCCUUCCCAAGGAUUGAGGUGCUCCCUGAGGACUUGGAGGAACCUCGUGAGUGCUACCUGUUUGCCAAGGCCGAGGACCCCCGCUCACCCAUUGUGCUGCACUUCCCCCUUGUCAACCGUACCUUCCGCACACACCUGGCCCCAGGUGUGGAGCGACAAACAGCUGAGGAGAUAGCCUGUGGGGACUUUGUCCUGAACGGGUCAGACACUCCCUAUGGCAUGAUGAACUUCACCUAUGAGCCUGAGGAGUUUGAGCGGCUGGUGGCUCUGAGUAGAUACAAUGUUCUGAACAACGCGGAGACCAUGAGGCAUGCCCUCCGGCUAGCUCUGGAGCAGCAACAGGCUAGGGACAGGGCCAGAGGCCGACCAGGCUGGAGUCGUAGGACUGUGAGAGAGGACUGUGGAGACCGUGGGCUCCAGACCAGGGCUUGAGAGAGGAGGAAUGAUAGAUGCUGUGGGGCUCCUGCUUCCCACAUUACAGAGACCUGCGUUAGGUCCUCCACUCCCCAGAAAGUUCCUGCAGAAUGGCAGCUUGGCUUUGGGGCUGGACCCUUCUCCUUUGUGUUUCUGGGAGAUGAUGGGGCAGCAGGCCUCUCUAGGGCUCCUGGGGAUGGGGGCCAGAGGUGACAGUGCUCAUUUUACAUUGGAGUGUAGAGGGUAUCAGAGGACAAUCUAGCCCCAGGGCCUGCCCCAAACCCAGAAGGAUCUUAGAAGGCCCAGAUCUUCAAACCCUCACCAGACGGAGAGCUGUGAGAACUGAGGGACAGGUUCCUCUCCUUAAACUGAGACCAAAAGCAAAGAUUCAUCCAUCUAAUCCACACUUUUGUGGCUAGGAUCCCAGAUGCAGUGCUCAAUGCUAUCAGAAUAAAGGGGGAUCUUGGGGGUUCCCAGUUUGGAUCACUACCUUCAUCCUUCAGCCUGCUGACUCUCAUUGGCCUCUGGCCUCCUCUGUCUCCCUCACUGCUCACCACUCUUCUCUGCUUAGCCUCCUGAAGGCUGUGGGAUGGUACUCUCAUCCUGGCAGAGCUCCAGUUGAUGGGUGUGCUCCUGUCUGCCUAUUACUAAUGCAUCACUUUUUAAACUCAGGCCACACUCUCGUCAUGUGUACAGCUGCCAUCUCUUGCAAAUAGCCUUGCCAUUCCCAGAAGCUCAAUGGGUGUGUCUAGAAGGUGUAUCUGUUUAUCAGGGAGCAUAGUAAAUGUGUGCCUGCAAGUGUGUGCAUGUUCCUAGUGAGGGUGGGGCCUGUCUGUUGGCAGGGAUGGGCAGUGGUAGAGGGUACCUGGCUGGCAACCCAGAGGCCUGGGUUCCUGGCUCUUUCACAGAUACAUGCUAAGAUCUGGACAACCUGGCCCUCUCUCUCCCUGGUUUUCAUCUCCCCUGACCAGCUGAGACCCUCUGAAUAGCUGGAGCCUCUCCAGCAUGGGCAGAUUUUAAGUCUGUGGAGAGGAGAUCCACCCUGACUGGGAAGGAGAUCCACCCUGACUGGGUGUCAUCCAGGAGCCCUCAAGCCCUAGGCCUCCAUAGCUGCUUCAUCCCACCCCAUACGGAGCUGUCUGGGUCCCUUCAGUGGCCCGGGUGCCAUCCUCUCUUGAACACUUGCUUCUACUACCGUCUCCUCCAGAGUGCUCUCCUGGGCUGCAGCUUUCCCCCUCCAUCCUGUCUCGGAUCAAAGCCACAAUGGCUCUUCCAGUCAGGGAUUCCUUUAGAGGAAAUCUCACUUGUCCCAACUCUGAGAAGAAAACCCUCAUUCUAGCUCCCAACUGGAAGAAGGUCCUAGCUUGUGCCCUCAGCCUGGCCUGGCCUGGGACCCCCAGGCCUCCAGUUGGAUGAGAGCAGAGAGGACUGAAGGAUCCAGGGCCCAGAAGGGCCAGUGAUUUUGACUGGCAUGGGGUGGGAGAGAGUUUGGUUCUCUCCAGCCUCCUCACCAUUGCUAUCCAUCAUAGACCAUCAUCCCUGUCUUGGCUCAGCAAUGAGAGGUUUCCCUUGGCGUAGCCCCAGGCUGGCUCCUGAGCUUCUGCUAUGGUCACUGUCAUCAUCACCCCUGCUGUGAUGAUGUCAUCAGUAACUUAUUAAGACCUCCACAGAGUUCAAAACUUAGAACUUUGUAGAGUUCUAAGAACUUGGAACUCAGAGAGUUCCGAGUUCUUAGAUCUUUGUGGAGCUCAAAACUUAGAAUCUUCAGUCAUUCUGUCUUUAAUGCCUCAAAUAGCCAUAGGGUGUCUCUGGCUUCCUGAGGGUAGAAAUUUCUGUCUGUUUUGUUCGCUGCUGUAUCUUCAGUGUUUAGAGCAAUGGCUAGCAGAUAGUAGAUGCUCAGUAAAAAUUUGGCAAAUAAAUGAAUGGGAUCCUACAUUCUAGAAAAGUGGAUCAUUACCCACCAGCCAUGAAAAGAUGUGCAACACUGUA